AUGGCCGAGAACGCUAAUUGCAACCCGGGUGAAUAUGUUGACCUCAAUCGUCUGGACUAUGUGUGCACUCGCGCUAAGCGCGACUAUGAUUUUAUGAUCUAUGUGAUACGUCAGGCUGACGACUUGAAUAUCGCGAGCCAUGAUGGCAAUUUGCUCGAACGAUUCGAGAUGACGGACAUUGGCGGACCUGAAAUGUUUUCUUUAGAUAGAAAUUAA